CUUGACAACGCUGACGGUGUACAUUGCAUACAGGCACUUCCCUGUGCUGCCGUGGGGGCGAGAUGGCUGAGAUUGUGAGCACGCCACCGUCAGCAGCAGAAAACGGGCCGCCAUUCUGCGAACAGUCCGGCGGCAUUGUCAGAGAAGCAGAGGUGUUUGUUCGGAGCGCAAUGACCGUUGAUUCACAUGAUGGAUCUCACGACUGGUGGCAUGCUGAGCGCGUGCGCCGGCUAGCUCUUUCACUUGCCGAGGAGGAAGGGUUGCCACAAGGCAAGAGGGAGAUUGUGGAGCUCGCGGCUUUGCUUCACGACAUUGGAGACUACAAGUACAGUGGAAGUGAGACGCUGGGUCCAGCUACGGUGGAAAGCUUCCUGAGGACGCGGAGCUAUGGUGAAGAAGGGAUUGCACAGAUCAUUGACAUCAUCCGACGGAUGGGGUUCAAGGAGGAACUCGUACAAGCUGCCCAUGGAACCCCAUCCGUGGGAGUCACGGCUCAGGGAAGAAGAGGAGGGGAUGAAGGAAUGUGUGAAGGAGGAAGAGGCAGUGAAGGAGAAAGAGGCGGUGAAGGAGGAAGAGGCGGUGAAGGGGAAAGAGGCGGUGGAGGAGGAAGAGGCGGUGAAGGAGGUGGAGGGAGAGGACUGGACAAGCUUUCCGGAGGAGAAGUGCAAAGAGGCGAAGCAGUAGAAAAAAGGGAUGGAGGAGGAGGAGGAGGAGGAGGAGGAGGAGGAGGAGGAGGAGAGGAGGGAGUAGGAGGACGAGAACCUGAGGCAAAUGGAAGCGGUGGAAGACUGGGAGGAAGCGGUCGAGGAUGUGAGCGAGAAGUGGAAACGGGAGGAGGAGGAGGAGAAGAAGAAGGCAAGGGGGGGGAAAGAAGAGCUAGAGCAAGCGGUGAACAAGGAGAUACAGACAUAGGUGCUGAUGGCGGCGGAGGAGGAGGAGUGGGGUUGAGCGGCAAUAGCGAUGGAUUUCUUGAGUUAGCAAUUGUGCAAGAUGCUGAUCGGCUUGAUGCCAUCGGUGCGAUCGGAAUUGCGAGAUGUUUCACGUUCGGGGGGCGGAAUGGGGCACUGAUGUUCGAUCCGAGCAUACGGCCGAGGGAGCGGAUGACAAAAGAGGAGUACAAGAGAAAAGGAGGGUCAACUAGCAUUAAUCAUUUUUAUGAGAAGCUGCUGAAAUUGAAAGGCCUAAUGAAGACGGCUGCAGGGAGGCGUCGAGCAGAAACCCGUCAUCGCUGCAUGGAACUGUUCCUGGAGCAAUUUCACUCAGAGUGGGAGGGAAGGGCCUAGGACAAACUGCCAACUCUGCGAGCACCAGAGCUUUCAGGGAGGGGUUGGGGGCUCUGUGCCGUGGGGCAAUUUCACUCAGAGUGGGAGGGAAGGGCCUACCGUCUUCACCCGAAUAGAAUGCCUGAUCAUUAUAGCUGUAUUUGGGGCUGCUUUCAGUCUAGAUGCAGCUAUAAUUACUGGGCGUUUUAUUCGGGUGAGACGGUUGGACGAACUGCCAACUCUGCGAGCACUAGAUCUUUCGGGGAGGCGUUAGGGGAUCCGUGCCGCGGAGCAAUUUCACUCAGAGUGGGAGGGAGGGAAGGGUCGAGGACGAACUGCCAACCCUGCGAGCACCCAAUCUUUCAGGAAGGGGUUGGGGCCCUCCGUGCCACACCGUACAGUGUACGGGGGUUGUUAUUGUUAGUACGCGCAUGCAACCCUUCACUGACGGCCACGCUUACUCCAUGCACGCGGGGUUACAGUGCAUCGCUUGCCAAAUGCCAUUCGAAGGCGAUAGCACCAGAACAAGAAUGAAAGAAUGAAAAAUUCUAAAACUU